CCACGUCCUGUCUCGCGCCUGAAAGCAGUCUCACUGCGCAAACGCAACCAAAAUCAAUCUCUUUAACCAGUGCGACCCCCAAAGAUGGCAGACCCGUCUCACACCCGUCAAUCCGCCUCCUUCCCUGCCCUGCAAGGCUUCUACCAGCUACUGUUCCUCUAUAUUGAACCUACAUCUACCAUGAUACCUGCGCUCAUGGCGUGGAUCUUCCCAGGCGCCGCGUGGUUCCACCACCAGCUUAUUCCGUCUCCAGCCGCGGUUCCCAGCACGCCCCUCGCGGCGCGGACGCAGAUGAUCGUGUAUCAGCUCGCCAACUGCUACCUCUUGCUCGGCCUCAUCUCGUCGCUUGUGUUCCGGGCGGCACGCGACGCGCUGCCCCGCGACCCGGUCUCUCAGGAGCGGAUUGUGGGGUCCCUGCUUGCUGCGCUGGCCAUAGCUGAUCAUUGCAGCCACCUUCAUAGGCCUGCCCGCGGACUUGCGGUACGCACCGCUGGCUUGGAACCCAAUGACGCAUGGCAACAUAUCGUUUGUGAUUGUCCUGUUCUCUGUCAGAGCUGCAUGGUUCCUCGGUAUCGGUCGAACGCCGUAUUACUUCCUUGCGAAAAAGACGGUCUGAUAGCAAGCACGCAGCCGUUGGGGCCGAGUGACUCUAAGUGGGAGGACCGGCGCUAAAAGUACAUUGGUAUCGAGAAUGAAGCUCAAUUAUUCAUAACCGUAAACCGGCGGACAGGCGGCUGGCCUGUCUGCGCAGGAGGCGGCGGAGAAGUAGCAGAGCUCUCAUCAUAAUGAGUUGAUAGAUCGACUUCGGACAUGUCCAUCGGAUGAACAACAUUUUGGCCGGCGGUCUCCUCCUGCGUGCGUCGCUGCCACUGCUGGAUGGAAACGACGCGCUCAUGCGGAAUGGGACUCGGUAUGGACUGCAUUGUUCUAUGCCUGGCAGGAGCAGCAGCAGGGGGCGGAGGUCUUCGACGACCGACGAGCAGAUUCGCGUUGAAUGAGAUGUGUGAGAUUCUCGAUCGAAGGGAGGGUGUUGAUGCUGUUGAUAAAACCGGUGCGAGCCGAGGUCGAGGACGCGGUCUCCGGGUCCGCUCGCCCUCAGCCAACGGCUGGGCAGGAAUCACGGGUGUAGGGAACGGCACUGGCGCUAUAUCAGGGGCCUGCUUGCUGUGCGACGAGAAAGACGCCAGGAACUUGGACAUGACGCCGCGAUCCGAGCUAUCCUCCUUCCGUCUCUGCCGGAGGAAGAGCAAGACGAGGGCGAUAAGAAGAAUCACAGCAAGCGCGACGACGAUUCCGGUGACAAUCGCGACGUUGUGGUUCGGUGACUUGGCGAUAUUCGAGCCCACACUCGCAGGCGUAGACGGCGUCGCAGUGGCUGAAGGCAGCGACAAAGACGCGCUCGGAGUGCCAGAGUCUGAUGCCAGGCUUUCGGGAAGAGAUGGGGGCAUGCUGCAAUCAGUCCGAAUGAUGAGCGUUCCGCACAAAAGAGCUUCGGACGGAGCGCUCACGUUUCAUAGGAGAUCGAAUCAAGUACCAUGAGAGAUGACGGACCGCCAAUCAGACCAUUUUGUAUCAAGAGCGUAUGAUUCCUAUUGUCCAAUAGCCCAGAAGCGAAUACGGUCACGUUCGGUUCAAACGGCGGGUCAAGAAGCGCUUGGUGAAAGAAAUUUCCGACUUCAGAGCCGUCGAUGCUGAACGUCAUGUUGGCCGUGCCCCUGGUGCAGAAAAUCAAUACAGAUCACCAGUGCAUAAACCCAUUGGCGUACACCGGAUCUGUUAAUGUAUUGCCCAAGAUGCAGAUCACCUUCACCGAGACACCAACGAAAUGGAAGGUGGCAGAAGGGGGAGACAGCGUCUUUUUCUGAUUGAAAGGGAUCUGCACGCAUGAGGGAGAAUGAAAGUGCGGAGACAGACCGGAUACGCACGAAAAGCGAGCCGUGGAAAGUAUUCCUGUAGGCCAGGGCCGCCAGGCUUGAAUCAACAGACGAACAGAUCGACCCGCAGUUCGCGAUUCCGCCGGAAAUCCAGGCGGCAGGAGGGGCAUAGACGAUCUUCUCUCCCGU